UUGCAAGUUCGAAUUUCCAAUAUGUUUUUGUACUGUCGCUGAAGCCAGAGAUUCACAGACGCAGUGGCUUACGAAAAGCUCCUCGUCAAUCUAUGUUGUUCCUAUGAAGAGCAGUUAUUGGUGCCAGAUUUGUCAAACUUCGCUUUGGAUCAGGAUUUUAGCUCUGGUAUUAUUGUCCCACACUUAUUUGCGCUCGCUGUAUCUUUUCUUUAUUCUUUUUCGGUACACUCUCCAAUAUGUGCUUAGCUUUAGAGUACAGACAUCGAAAUAAUUCAACUUUAUUUUAUUUCGCCCAUAGACGAACAAUCGCACAGAAAUCGGUGGUCUUACAAGACAAUUGCUAUCCGUCUUUUUGAAACGUAUUAAUGGCACAUCCACAAUUUCAGUUUAUCCGUUGAAUGAGACGACGAAGCGAGCAAUCGAUAUGACCGCCAAUCUAGUCUUACGUGCCGAUGUAAUGCAUGCUACCAUGGAGGCUAGUUAUCCGAUGUUCCAAACAAAGACUUGCUUGUUGCUACCCAUUGAGCAUGACAUACCGUUGAGUUGGUAUCUCUUGUACGCUUUCGAAAUUUCCACAUGGCAAGCGUAAUAGGCGUGAUCUCGUACUACACGGGUUGUCCGUGUUGCAACUGUUUCUUGCACAACCCAUUCUUCUACCCGGUAAUAGAAGUGUGACAAGAGGUCUAUUUCUGUUUUAUUUCGGAGUGCUUUUUGUUGUAAUCGUGAG